AUGGCGCUGUCCAUUGUUUCCUACUCAUCAUCUUCUUCUUUCUCCACCGAUUUUGAACAAUGCUCCACGUCAUCUGAUCCGUCAUCUCAGGAAGAGUGUAAAAUUUGCUUCCAACAAGGACAUGGUUAUCAUUUUGGAGUUUUCACUUGCCGAGCAUGCGCCGCGUUUUUCCGAAGAUGUCAUUUUUCUUCAAUUAUUGAACAAAGGAAAUGUCGAUUGAUGAAUGGAAACUGUGGACCAAAUAAAAAUGGAAGAUGGUUUUGUAAAAAGUGCAGGCUUAUAAAAUGUUUGGAAUCAGGAAUGACAACUGCGAAUAUACAGUAUGAUCGAGACGCAUUCAAAUCGUCAGCGGAUUUCCGUAAAAAACAAGCACAGUUAAAAUUGGUUGGAGAUCGAAUCGGAGUACCUAUUACGGUCGAAAAAGUACUGGGCUUGAAUCAUCUUGUAUCGUUCAUCCCAUUGCGUGAAGGCAAUAACAAACUACCAUAUAUCGAUAUUACUCAACUAGUCGGCAAAGCAAUAGCAUUGGUUUUAAAUCCUAAUAUGGUUCAAAAGUUUAAAAAGUUAAGCAACUUGGAGCAACUAUCGCAAGGACUUGAAGAUUAUCAAUUGGCGCAAAAAGAGAACAUUACAGAAAUUGUGUAUCUCACCAAAGACGAUCAUAUUAAUGAAUUUGAAAGAAGCAUGAGCGGUGCAGCAAAAUGGUUAUCUUGCUCUGAUAAGUUCAAAAGCUACUCGGACGAAUUAAAAAUCCGUUUGCUACAAUCAAUUUGGUUUAUUUGGGGAAGAUUGGAGAGAAUAACAAUGACGGCCAAAAUGAGAUCACGACAUUUGUGUGGGAAAAAACAGUUCGUUUUCUCACAUGAAUCACUCAUAGAUUAUGAUGGAAUGGAUUCGGAUAUCAGUUGUUGGUCAACACAUUCUUUUGAAGAGAUGAAAUAUUUCUUCAUUCCUAGUGAGCUUUAUUAUGAUGAUGUUGUAUGGGAACUAAUGGAAAUACAACCGGAUGCCGUGGAAAUGUCGUUCAUCAUGUGUAUGAUAUGUUUCCAAUUAGCAGGUAUGCAAAAAAGCUGGCUUUUGUUGAUGAUUUUGGUUCUUACGAGUAGACGACAAAACAUUUUUAAACUUUCAUUUAGACAGUUAUUUCAGGCAAACGAUACGGCGGUCAUAUUGAAGAAGAUAUGGGAGAAAUGGAAGAUGUAUUGUCGAACGAACUUCAUGAGUAUUAUAUGA